AGGUUCCCCUCGUAUUUAAUUGAGUUAGCCCAUACGAGGCCCAGUUACAAAACCAAAGUCGUAGCACAACUCCUUGGCUCUCUCUCCGUUACUCAAUCUCGCCUUUCUAUCGCCCCUUUCUCGCCCGAAGGCAGAAGAUUGAAGUACCCACUUCAGGCACCUUGCUGGGUUCUCGGCACCUGCUUCAUCUUCCUCCUCUUGGCAUCACAGGUUUCUUCUCUCUCUCUCUCUCUCUCUCUCUCUCUCUCUCUCUCUCUCUCUUCUGGUUAGUUUCAUUAUCUCUUUUCCUCGUUUUUUUUUUGGUGUAUGAAAUCAUUGUUUUAGUUGGGUGAAGAUAGUUCGGAUUUUCCGUUUUAAUUUCUAGUGAUUUCCACGUUCGUGUUAUCCAUCACUAAACAUGGAGAAGAAUCAAUUUUUGUAUCUGAUAUGCAUUCUAUCUUUGUAUUUUGAGGUUUCCUUCUCACUCUCUUUCCAACUCUUGUGUAAACUUUCUUGAUUUUUCUGUUUUGGUCUCACAUUAAUAAUCAAGUGGUUUUUGAGUUUUGAAUGUUGGAUUUAAUUAUGAUGGGUAGGUUCAGUUUUAUGAUGUGUGUAUUGCUCCAAUUUUGGUGAAAUUUUGGCUCUAUUAUGAUGCCAAUAAUGAUGAAGGGUGUGCUUCUUAAAUGGGUUUAUGGAGUCUAAAUUGUUCCAGAUAUAUGUGAAACUUUGAACAAUGAUGUUGGUAAAGAGUGAUGAAUCCUUUGGUGCUGUUAAUGAUUGAAAAUGUUAAGUCUGAUCACUGUUUGAAAUUUGAAUGUUAUAUAAAGUCCCAAAAUUUCUUUCAGUGGUUGUGGUUGUUAAGUCUGAUCAAUAAAUUUUGGAUCUUUAUUGAGCUCUGUCCUGCUAAUUAUUGAACUUUAAGCAACAUCUCUUUUUCUUUUCAUUUUUUCAACUUCUUUUAGUCAAAUAUGCACCGAGCUGUGUAGAACUUGGAAGCCUUGACAAUUGGCUACACGUACUUAAAUGAGGAACUUUAAUAAUUCUCUAGUGACCUAGUGCUUGUAGCUAUGGCUGUAUGUAAACAAUUAAUUAAAACUAAAUAAAUAAACAAGGGCCUAGCUGAGGUGAGCUGGGGUAGAGUGCCCUUUCAUCUCAAAUAUCUUGUUAAUCGUGGCCAACACUACUACAUAUGGGUCAUGGUGUAGUGCUGGAGUUUGCGUGUAUGGCCCUACUAAUUCAGUGUAAUUAGAAAAAAGAACUAACAAGAAGAGGUUCUAGAUAGUUACCUUCUAUAUAUAAAUUCUAAAAUACACAUGUAUAUGGAAUUUAAUAAAAUCUGACUAUGCAAAUAUUUUUUUUUAUACCAUUUCUGUAAAAAUAUAGCUUUUUUUUUCAAAAUAAUUAUUUUAUGAGAAAAAUUUAAGAAAAAGUUGAAAAAUAUAAGAAAACCAAAUAAAGUAACCUUAAGGUAAGGUAACUAGAUGGGUAACCAAUUACUUUAUACUAUUUUUCUCAUAUUUUAUAAUUUCUUUUUAAAUUUUGCUAUAAAAUAACAUAACUCUUUUGAAAAAGAAAGACAUAUUUUUACAAACUUAUAACUUAAAAACCAUGAAAAUAGGUUCCCCUCGUAUUUAAUUGAGUUAGUCCAUACGAGGCCCAGUUACAAAACCGAAGGUGUGUUUCAGACAUAAUUCUCUUCAUCCUUCCAAAGAGUCUUUUUUUCUUUAUUUUAUUUUAUUGAUUAUUGAUAAGCACAUCCUUCCAAAGUCGUAGCACAACUCCUUGGCUCUCUCUCCGUUACUCAAUCUCGCCUUUCUAUCGCCCCUUUCUCGCCCUAACUCAUCAGCUCUACCCUAGAUAAAUUAUCAACCUCGUUCACAACUCAUCGGGGACCGGAGAUCGGAGAUCGUAGAUUAGGAAUUCCUUUUCAAUCAUUGGCCGCCGGAUAAACAAUUACUGCACUCACAACAGAUCAAAUGGCGUUGCAAGACAAGUUGGACAGGUUCAAGAGGCAGCAAGAGAAGUGCCAAUCAACCCUCACCAGUAUUGCAGCAUCUUCUAAACCUAAACCAGCUCAGACUCAGACUCAGACUCAAAGAUUCAUGCACGCUGAUCUUCCAGCCAGUGUCAAACCUCCUGCUCCUGCUGUCAAAUUUUCUAGCGAUACAGAUAGACUUCAACACAUUAACAGCAUUCGGAAAGCCCCAGCUGGAGCUCAAAUCAAGCGUGUUAUUGACUUGCUAUAUGAGACAAGGCUAGCCCUAACACCAGAGCAAAUAAAUGAAGCAUGCUAUGUGGAUAUUAAUGCAAAUAAAACUGUCUUUGACAGCUUGAGGAAGAAUCUUAAAGUGAGCCAUGAUGGAAGACGCUUUUGUUACAAGUCUAAGCAUGACUUAAAAGACAAAAGCCAACUUCUUUACUUAGUACGGAAAUUUCCAGAGGGCAUUGCUGUUAUUGAUCUGAAGGAUUCAUACCCAACUGUGAUGGAGGACUUGCAGAGUCUGAAAGCUGCUGGUCAGAUCUGGCUGCUAUCAAACUUGGACUCUCAGGAGGACAUUGCGUACCCAAAUGACCCCAGGGUUCCCAUUAAAGUAGACGAUGACCUUAAACUGUUGUUUCGAGGAAUUGAAUUACCUCGCGACAUGCUUGAUAUUGAGAAGGAUCUGCAGAAGAAUGGUAUGAAGCCUGCAACCAACACUGCAAAGAGGAGGGCCCAGGCACAGGUCCAAGGUGUUACCCCCAAGAACAAGACCAAGAAGAAGAAGCAUGAAAUCAGCAAGAGGACUAAGCUAACCAAUGCCCAUCUUCCAGAGCUAUUCCAGAACCUUAAAUAAUGAUAUAUAUUUUUUUUUUUUUUUCUGAAACUUGGGUCCAGCCUUCAUUGGACUUGCAAUGAGCAAAGUUGUCUUUCGGUUGAUAUACAACAUAAUCUUGCUCUGGGUAAUGGAUUGUGUAGAUAUGAAUGAUAUACAACAAAAUCAAAUUAAUCAUUAUUGAGGAUUGAAUACGUUAUAGUCAAUAUUACUAUUUUUUUUUCAAAAAAAAGAGACUCUACAAAUCUAUCACUCCUUAUUUAUUUUUUCUCUUCUCUAUACACUGUACCAUUUUCAUCAAAGAUCAUCUCCAUUUCGUCAUUGUGAUAUUCUUCCUCGUUGAAUAACUUCAUAGCCAAACUAAUAUUUUGUAGUCAAUUAAAUUUUUAGAAAUGAAAAUCAAUCUUUUCGUUGA